GUAAUAGUUAAACACAGACGCAAUCGUCAAUUGCCAAUGCCCUCUUCCGAGAGAUGUUGUAGCCAAAGCUCAAAACGCGAACAUCAGAUAAGCAGGCGACCAAUGAAACUGGCAGGGCAAGGUGGCAUCCAUUACGCUUCGACCAAUUGCGAUCUUUAAAAUCGACGUCUGAGGAAGAGAGUCGGAGGUAAGCGGAAUUCUACAACAAGGACUGUAUAACGUUAUUGUUUUCCGUCACUGAGCGUUCGUUGUUGAACUGUAACGUUACACCGAGCAUCUGCAUCAGCUAAAGAGUAAAAUAUGACGACAAUUUCAGACUUCAGUCCGAACGGAGAUACAAUGGCUGAAAACAGAAAAGUGGAGGAUGUUUUUGACGAUACUUACAAGGAGAAAGAAGGUCCAAAACCACCACGCCAAAUAGUGUGGAGAAAUGUUGUUUUAAUGGCAUUACUGCACACCGGAGCUCUGUAUGGACUAACAAUUACACCAUCUGCUUCCAUUCUAACUUUACUUUGGACGGUUGUUUGUUUCCUGAUCAGUGCUCUGGGAGUGACAGCUGGGGCUCAUCGGCUGUGGAGUCAUAGGUCAUACAAAGCCUCACUGCCCCUACGCAUCUUCCUAGCUUUUGGAAAUUCUAUGGCCUUUCAGAAUGACAUCUUUGAGUGGGCGAGAGACCACCGAGUGCAUCACAAGUUCUCCGAGACCGACGCGGACCCUCACAAUGCUCUUCGAGGCUUCUUCUUCUCACACAUCGGUUGGCUUUUAGUCCGCAAGCAUCCAGAUGUGAUCGAGAAGGGGCGCAAGCUGGACGUCAGUGAUCUUAAAGCAGAUCCAGUCGUCAUGUUCCAAAAAAAGCAUUAUAAGAUGUCAGUGCUGCUGGUCUGCUUCGGCGUUCCCAUGUUUGUGCCUUGGUACCUGUGGGGUGAGUCUCUUUGGGUGGGCUACUUUGUCCCCGGACUCCUGAGGUACUGUGCUGUGCUGAAUGCCACAUGGUUGGUGAAUAGUGCGGCCCAUAUGUGGGGAAUGAGGCCCUAUGACCUCACCAUCAACCCCAGGGAGAACAGAUUUGUGGCCUUAAGCGCCAUAGGGGAGGGUUUCCACAACUACCACCACACGUUUCCUUAUGACUAUUCAACAAGUGAGUUUGGCCACAAACUCAACUUCACUACCUUUUUCAUUGACGGGAUGCACUCAUUGGGCCUUGCAAGGGAAUGCAAGCAGGCAUCCAAGGAGGUAGUCAUGGCUCGCAUCCAGCGCACUGGGAAAGGCAGUCAUAAGUCCGGCUGAUUGAUUUUCACAUUUCAAAAGUCCUAUGCAGUCACAAUAGCCAAAACAUGUAAGGAUAUUUUCACAGAAUUUGUGAAUGAGUCGCAAAAACGCAUAGUAAUGUCUCCAAAUCCUUUCUGAGAUAAAAACCAUGAGCCCUGCGAACUAAUAUUGGUAAUAUAGGAUAUUUGUUAUUUUUUUCUGCAUUGAGGUUGAUUGUGGAAAGGUGUGGCUCUAAGUCUAGUUCUGGUAAAGCACUGACACCUCAGUGGUAAACAGGCCAAGGGCCUGGAAGUCACACUCUUGUAUAUCAGCUCCACACAGUGGAUAUAGCACUUUCUGGUUAAGCAUUCAAGUGGGACUUUGUCAUGGAUGUCAUCCCAGUGCUAUGCAAAGUAUACAUUAACAUAUAUGUGCUAUUAAUCAUUUUUGUGACACUUUGAAAUGUUGUGGCGGAUCAGUAGUUUUGCACGUGAAGCUUAACAUUGAUCAGCUUUAAAUAUAGUAUGUCAUUUCUUACCCUCAUUGGAUAAUGGUGUGCUACUGGUGUGGACUUCCAUUAAUCCUUUAUGUCACCCAUGAAUAAGGACACAUACUGGACAUGUAAUGUCAUACAAUAUUUUGAAUUCAGAUUUAUUUUAUGUUUUUUCUUUGCCAUUCAGCCAUUGUACUAGUCAACCAUACUUGUUCUACAGUCAAAUACAGAGAAUAUGCACCAUACAUAUUCAUUUAAUUUCAAUGGUGCUCUUAAUCAGUUUGUUACUGAUGGAUAAUUGGUGGAUUAUUUAUUGAUACAUUGCACAAUGCAUACCUCUCAAUAUCUAUUGUACCUGAUUCAAGCACAAUACCAGAUGACCAGAUCUGAACUGACUGCACCACUUGGCCAAUUAUGGUCAAAUUAAAUACAGAAUGGCAGAAUGGUAAUAUUCCUUGAAAAAAAAAAAAUUAUAUUCAUACCUGCCUGUAUUUCACAAAGGGACAUUGUCUGUCCCUCAGGGAAAUAAACAUUGAAGAAGGUAGUUGUAUGUUGUCAAUAUAUAUAAGAACAUAUCUACCGGAAGGUCUCCCUGAUGCCUUAUCAAAUAAUAUAUAUUUUAGUAUAGAUGCCUGUUUGGUUAUUUUAAUAGAGAUCACAAGAAUACACCAUAUCCACCAAAAACAAGGCUUUGGGUCUAUGUCAGACCAAAUGUCUUCUCAUACAUGACCAAAUGUCUUAAUUAGUGAAGGUGAAGGCUGACUGGCACAAAUGAAACGACAGACAGGGAGGUAAUGAUGUAGGCCUACAUCAUACCUUUAAGUUUUAAAGGACCACAUUGUCUUUCCUAAGCAGUAAUAGCCAGCGGUUAGAUACUGAGCUAAACAAAUCGAUUUGUUACCUUUGUAUCCUUUUCUUUCCCCUGUAAGAGUAUGUUUUAUAAUGUUGGCCUCUGGAGUUCCUGAAUGCCUUAAUAAUUGCCACAUUUUGAAAGGAAUGUUGUGUUCAUUGUUAGUACCAAAAAUAAACAAUUUUUACAUGUAAAUCUGUAAAACUUGUGCUGUGACUUUUUGCCAUUAUAUCAUUAAUUGUUUACCUUCACCCUCAAUAAAUGAGUUCACCUUA